CGCUACAGUAAGGUGGACUUAGCUACGCUGAAACUGCUUAAUAUCAUAACGCCCGUGCAGAGUUUUAUAGUUAGCAGAUUGUAUUAUUAACACAAACAUUGGUUUACAGACAGAGUUAUGCCAGAAGAAAGUAUGGACAAGCCAUAUAUAGCUACAUGCACCGCUCCCGUGAAUAUAGCUGUCAUUAAAUACUGGGGAAAACGAAAUGAAGAAUUAAUUCUGCCCAUUAACUCGUCACUGAGCGUCACAUUGCAUCAAGACCAGUUGAAAACUACUACAACAGUUGCAACCAGCAGAGCAUUUCUGCAGGAUCGAUUAUGGCUCAAUGGCAAAGAAGAGGACAUAACCCAUCCAAGGCUCCAAUCCUGUCUGAGAGAAAUUCGCCGACUAGCAAGAAAGAGACGUAAUGUUGGAGGCCCUGACUCAACAGAUUUGGCUGGUUUGUCUCAUAAAGUCCACAUUUGCUCUGUAAACAACUUUCCAACUGCCGCUGGACUCGCCUCAUCUGCUGCUGGAUUCGCUUGUCUAGUUUAUAGUCUAGCUCAAGUGUUUGGUGUGGAAGGAGAGUUGUCUGGGAUUGCUCGUCAAGGCUCAGGCAGUGCAUGCAGGAGCAUGUAUGGAGGGUUUGUCCAGUGGAUCAUGGGAGACAAAGAUGAUGGGAAAGACAGUCUGGCCCAGCAGGUGGAGCCAGAGACUCACUGGCCUGAACUCAGGAUCCUUGUACUAGUGGCCAGUGCUGAACGGAAGCCAAUAGGCAGCACCUCAGGGAUGCAAACCAGCGUACAAACAAGCUGUCUAUUAAAGCACCGGGCUGAGUCUGUCGUCCCAGUCCGGAUGGAAGAGAUGAUUGAAGCAGUGCGAAGAAAGGACUUCCCUGCGUUUGCUGAACUAACUAUGAAGGACAGCAACCAGUUUCAUGCCACCUGCCUUGACACAUACCCUCCUAUCUUUUACCUCAGCAGUGUUUCUCAGCAGGUCAUCCACUUGGUGCAUCGCUACAACAGGCAUUAUGAGGAGACGAGGGUUGCCUACAGUUUUGAUGCAGGGCCCAAUGCUGUGAUCUUCACUUUACAGCAGUAUGUUCCAGAGUUUGUUCGAGUGGUUCAGCAUUUCUUCCCCCCAGACACCAACGGAGAAGAUUUUAUUAAAGGUCUUCCAGUCAAACGCGCCACUCUUUCUGAAGAGCUGAAACUGGGUAUUGGUCUAGAACCCAUGCCGAAGGGAAUAAAUUACAUUAUUAGUACCAAGGCAGGACCAGGCCCUCGUGUUGUAGAGGAUCCCACUCAGCACCUGCUGUCACCUGAUGGGUUACCAAAGAAAACUGUGUGAAACCCACUGCCCUGAAGAGACAAGCUCCAGGGAGCAGUAAUACAGCCAAUUCAACAAACAAUAAAUAUGUAUUAGUCUGGUGUGACUAGGUUUUUAGAAAUCACAGCAAUAACAUGCAUCUUUUCUACUGGUGUGGAUACUAGCAGAUCUAACUGUACUGGUACGUCUCCUCAUCUUGCAAUCAGUCUUUCUCAAGUGUCUACUUUUUGUUUGUUUGUUUGUUUAUUUACCACUGGAGCUGGUCCUUUUCUCUCUUAGGUUUGUGAGAGAAUGGUUUCAGUGUGUUUAUAUAUCAUUGAGUUUCAGCAGGUUCCAAUGAUCAUGGCUACUUGUAGUUUUUUUAUCUUUAUAAACAAUUUCUGAUCAGCAGAACACAAUUUAGUUAUGUGAGAUUAUUGUUUAAAAGACAAUAAAUAAUAUAUUUUAAUC